AGUACACAGGCAAUAUAAAGAAGGAACAAGGAAGUACAUUGGGCUUCAGAUUAAUCCAGCCCCAUCUUUCUUGCCUGCCCCUUUCCUUAAGCCCUUCUCUCUGACCUGGUGGUAUGGGCCAUUACACAUACACACUUCCCCACCCCCCAUCCUCCAACAGUUAUGAUGUAUUCUAGUGAUUCAGGCAGUUGGUGAUGUCACAAAAGACACAGACAAUUUGGCUUUCAGUUUCCCAGAUGCCUGGGGAAACACACUCACCAUGAGCAAAUACUCACCCCUCUCUGCUCAUCAUGCAUAUGCUGAAAUGCUUUUUGUUCUUUCUGAUGUGCACUGCUUUAGGUUAUGCCUUUAUGUUCUCUUCUCUGAAAGAGAAAGCCAAAGAACCUGUGGGUGAUGUGCCUUGCGGAGGCCACUUUCGGGUGAGACACAAUCUAUCUGACCAGGCCAAAGGCUGGCUUGGGAAUAAAUGGAUCUGGCUGUUGUUUGUUGGACUACUCUAUGCUCUAGUAAGAUUCCGUGGGGAAGGUGACAAAAAUAAGGAUAAGGACCUAAGCAGCGGAAGUUUGUGCCGCCCCCUACGAAAGAAAAAUCAGAAUGCUGCCCCUAACAAAGACUAUGCACUGAAUACCUUAACCCAACUGGAGAUGGAUCUGGUGACAUUUGUGUCUAAAGUGCGAAGUCUCAAAGUGGCCAUCGCAACUGAUAAUUCCCUCAAGCUUCCAGACUCAGAGGUCCCUUUGGAUCCACACAACAAUGUUACGAUAUAUGAAAUAUGGGGAGAAGAUGACUCUGAUUAGAUUGGUUUGGAUGUCAAAGUAGGAGAGGAAAAAAAAAAAGUUGAAUGAUUGACAAACACUAUACAAACUAAUAAACUAUUCCCAAGAAAAUAAUUCCCUCAUUUCAUACCUUUUUUAAUAUUUUAAAAACUUUUAACUUCUCUGUCAUG